AUGAAUGAACGUCCUGUGCAUAUGGUGCCCCCUCGUGGCAACUAUGCCAAGUGUGGCCAGAAGAGUAAAAGGGAGUCAGAUUAUUACAUUGUUGGUGCCAGAACUCAGAACGGAGUCGACAUUGAGCCCCAAGGGCCACAGUUUGUUGCAGCACAAGUUAAGGGCUCUAAAGAGCGACCUUUAUCAGCAACGUUGAUCGAUGCCAACACAUGUUCUCAUCAGAGAUAUUUGUCAGUUGACUUUUGUAAAUCCAGGACUUCUGUCAUCACUGUGAAGAAGACCGUUAAGGAACCUCAACCUGCACAGAGAAGAGUGUCCCUGAAACAACUCCAAGCAUCAUCACACUCUUCCUUCAAGCGCUACUCCUGCCCACCAAUUGGGAUCUGUUUCUCUCAAAGUCAAUCUUCCUCCUCCUCUUCCGCUUCUUCUUCCUCCUGCUCCUCAUCCCCUCCUGUUCCAACUUCUGUCAUCACCGGACAUGAUCCCCUAGGCUGGAAGUUCCAACCCAGGUCCAGAUCAAGAUCCUCCAGGAAUCACACCAGAAGGCUUUCUUUACAAAUCCCUCAACUAGAUGUCCCAACUCCCUCCUCUCCAAGCCUAAAUCUUUCACCCAAAACCAAACUUACCCACAGACCCAAACCGUCCCCCCGACACCACUCUGAGCCCUCCACCCUCAGGGUGAUGGAGAAGGCUCUUCCAGUGAUGGCUCCUGAGGAGCUCUGCGCAGUACAUCUUAGAGCCACCACACUGGGGGAGCAAUCCGACGAGGUCUUCAAUGAUUCAGCUCCAGAGAAGAGGAGAGUUAGUGCUUCACCUGCUCUACCACAUAAAGUCCCACCACCUGUUCCACUAAAGACUGCCCUGACCAGACAAAUAGCACAUGCGAUUGGUUCCUCAAGGCGUUGCCUCAGGCUAGUUUCAGCUCUAAGGAACAACCACAAAAACACUUAUUCAAGUGUGACAUACCCAACCUCUGGGUAUUCACCUCAUAUUAUGAGUCAGAACAACAUCUGUACUGCUGAAAAGGAUGCAACAGGGAGAGGUACAUCCCACAGUUCCCUGGUGGAAAAAUGAAGGAAGGAAUUACAGAAGAUUCUCCAGAUGAUUUUCACCAAAUCAUUGCCAGGCUGAAGUGGAGGGAACAACGUGUUCCUGAAGAGAGGACACCAACUUUACUCUGCUGCUUUACAAGUAAUCUCCUCUAGGUGCUGAGGUGUGAAGCAUUUGUACAUGUUGUCCCGCUUCAAAGUGAAAAAAUGUGAUUGUUAUUUGGGGAGGUGUUAACAUAUCUGCUUCAUUCUUGCUCUUGCAGUCAAUCCAUGUGAGUGUAUGAGGACACGAAUGUGAAUUUAUUUUCAUUAAAGUGAAUGAAGAACCA